GUGUGUGUGUGUGUGUGUGUGUGUGUGUGUGUGUGUGUGUGUGCUGCAGGGAGAAUGUAAAGCAGCUCAGUGUGUGUUGGUUGUUGGAGGGGGGGGGAUUAGUGUGGGGAACCAUACCUUGUUUUACCUGCUGCAGACCUGCUCUGACAUGUCACACACACCUGCAGGGGCGGGAUGGGAUGCAUAAUCACACACACACACACACACACACACACACACACACACACACACACACACACACACUCUCUCACAUUAGGGUGUCCUGUGCGUGCUCCACCCUGCCUUCAAAACAUACCAGAGGCAAAUAGUCCAUUGACAGAUUAGUGACUGUUUUACAGGCUAAGGCAGGAAGACGUUGGUGUGGUUUGUGCACAUGCUCCCACACACACACACACACACACACACACACACACACACUGAGCCCUAGUGAAGCGUCUGUUUUGGAGCGUGCUGAAACAGAUCACUCUUUCAUGCUGAACCAGGCAGUGUGUGUGUGUACCUUUGCUCCCCGGCCGGUGUUUACCUCCUCUGUUGCUGCCACGUCAGAUUCUGGACUCGGUCGCUCGGGCCGGGUGUUUGGCUCGCUCCUCGGGGAAUCUCUGCCUGACUGUGGUCACUCGGCUCCGGGUCUGAGGAGGUUUUUUACUCACCACUCGCCGCCGCUUCUCUGGCUGCUGUUUUGGCCACGUCUGACUGUUUGCAGGAGAGUGCAGGUCUGAGGAUGUGUGCAGGUCUGAGGAGGCGACUCUCACCUGACAGCUUGAGGGGAAACUAUCAGAGCUGCUGCUGCAGGAGCUAAUUUCUGUGUUUUUUGGAUACCUCUGCAGCUGUAACAUGAGUGGAUAUCUGUACAGAGGAAGGAACUGUGGAGAGAAACGGGCCAGGCCGAAGAGCGUGGGACCAAUGAUGGAUUUCUCAUGUGAUGAAACAGAAAAAGGCCCACCUGUACAGAUGCACAGCCUCCGAGAGUUUGAACAGCACCUGAACGACCUGAAGAAGGAGAACUUCAGCCUGAAGCUGCGGAUCUACUUCCUGGAGGAGAAGAUCCAGCAGAAGUUCGAGGAGAGCGGCGAUGACGUGCACAAGAGGGUGAGUCGGGAAGUUCAGCUUCAUCAAAUCUGCAUGAAAUGAUUUUAAAAAUAAAAUGUGUGCAUGAAGCGUUUCUGUAGAUAUCUGCUGUGAGGUGCAGUCGGCUUCUGAGCUGCAGGUUUGUCCCUGACACUGAUCAGUACUGACAGCAGCUCUCAGGCUGCUCCGCUACACUUCACACAAACUGUCAGUCACAACUUUUCUGCCCGUCAGAGACUCACAGACGCAGAGAGCUUCACUUUGUCUCGGUAUUUUAAGAGCAAUCUGAGCAGCUGCUUCAGGCCUCUCAGCAACCCUGAAAUCCUUUUAUGAUUCCUCCUCAGAGCUCAGACGAGUAUUUGUGUUUAUUAAUUUGUGAGAGUUAAAGUGAUAAAGAUGCGGUGCAGAAAUCUUGCAUGUAAUAUUUCUACAUAUACUGAAUAUAAGAAGUGGAACAAGCAGACUCUUGUGAUGCAAAAGUGCCUUAAAGCUGCAUUCUUUCUACCGCCCAGCAGGGGGUGGAAGCUAAAAGACAUAAAGGUUAUAAAAAAGGUCCUACUUGAUUCCCUCAGUAAACAUUUUCUUAAUGAGUUUACGGUCUCUAUCUCAAGUUUUAAGUCUUUUUCAACACAGCAUGAUGUUCAUUUAGUAAAUGAUGGUCUCAUUCAGAGACCAGAGAGAGGGGGAGCAGUUAGGGCGGGGCUACCUGUGAAUCUAAGUCAACCCUCUCAU